UCCAUUCGUCGUCUGCUGCGACAACCUCUCUCGUUUACAGCAGAGAAAAAAGUACAAUCUCCCCCCAAAAAAUUUUCUUUUCUUAGUUUCACCUUCCAAGAAAAACAGAAUGCGGUUCAUACAGUUCAGACUGUUGAACGAUUUGACUAAGGUCACCCGAGUUGGACUGCAAAAAACGAACGGCAAAAUAGUGGACCUUAGCAAAGCCUUGCCCAGUAGUCGCUCUCUGAUCGAUGCCUUGACCAAAUUGGGAUCCAAGGGCUUGGUGGACAGAGCCACACAAAAUUUGACUGGUGAUGAAAGAGACUACGACCAAUGUGAGAUAAUGGCUCCCAUCACAUCACCCAGCAAAGUGGCUUGUGUUGGAUUGAAUUACAGAGAUCACUGCGAAGAAACCGGGAAGCCUGUACCAGCAGAACCCAUUUUCUUCAGCAAAUUCCCCAGCUGUAUUGUGGGCCCUUUUGAUGGCAUCCCUUACCCAGAAGUGACCAAGGAAUUGGACUGGGAAGCUGAGUUGGCUGUCAUCAUUGGAAAGCAAGGUAAAAACAUUGAUCCAACUGAGGCAAAGGCCCACAUAUUUGGGUUCACAGUGGCUCACGACGUGACAGCUCGAGAUUGGCAGUUCAACAAAAAUGGAGGGCAGUGGCUUCUUGGAAAAGCCAUGGACGGUUUCUGUCCUUUGGGGCCUUGCAUUGUAACAGCUGACGAGAUCCCGGAUCCUCACAAACUCGCCAUUUCAUGUCGUGUCAAUGGAGAGCUCAAACAGAACAGCUCAACAUCUCAACUUGUUCACGGAGUUUACGAUUGCGUUGCUUGGCUAUCAAAGUUUUGCACAUUGCUGCCCGGUGAUAUUAUUCUUACUGGGACCCCUCCUGGAGUUGGAGCUUUUGCCAAGCCUCCCCUGUUUCUCAAGAAAGGUGACGUCGUGGAAUGCGAAGUGGAAAAAAUCGGAAUCAUUCGUAACCAAAUCAUGUGAUUUCUAUUCAAGUGUGAAGAAGCCGAAAAAUGAAAUAAAUGCCUUUAGAUCCGCUACGUUAAAUAAAAAUUUCGUAGUUUCA